CAUUAUCAAGCAGUGCUUAUGAAAAGAUUUGUCUUUUGUUCAACAUUGGUGCCUUACAAAGCCAGAUAGCCAGUGCACAAAAUCUAAAUUCAGAGGAUGGUGUUAAACUAGCAGCAAAGAUGUUCCAGAAUGCAAGUGGGUCUUUCCAAAUGCUCAAAGAUAUGGUGUUUCCCCAACUGCAUCAAGUGCCAACACCAGACCUAUCAUUAGAGAUGCUAAAUGCACUGAGCAGYGUCAUGCUUGCACAGGGUCAGGAAAGUAUCUGGCAUAAAACUGAAAAUGAUAAAAUGAAAUCAGCCAUUAUUGCAAAAGUUGCUGCCCAAACAUCAGACUUGUACAGAGAAGCACACCAGGCAUGUGAAGUUACAAAUGUCAAGCAACAGUUAGAAAAGGUAAAUCAUCUACUCCAUGAAUUUUCAAACCACUAUGAUGUGACUCUUAGUCUAACURAUGUCUUAGUUAUGUAAAAAGAUAAAUUUAACGGAGUAAGACCAAUGAUUGAUGUC